CGGAACACAACAAAGUCUAUAGUCCGGGUCUUUCGUGAGAGAGCGCGCGAACUGCGCUUCCCCCCUACCGGCGGUUUGUACUUUUUCAGGACGAAAAAACUUUUUUUUUUGAAAACUUUUUGGUCCUGGACAAGCAAAAUUAAGUGCGCGGGAGCUACGGUUUUAUAGCAUGUGUUAAGGCAUGAGUUUGAGUGGUACCCGCGAAAAAAGUGUUUUAAAUUAGUAUUUGGGGAAAAUCUACAUUAUCAGCUAUGUGGUUCUAAAAGUGUCGGAAUAAAAAUACUUUACAUAAAACUCUAUACAAAAUGGAAUACCAAUUGCCUCCGCAACAACAGCCUCAAGUUGCUAAUACUCCGGUCGCGCCAGUUUCCGGCCACCCUGUGGCUGUAGGGGUGAUGCAAGGUACCCUGACGCACGUCCAAGCAGGCCUGCAAGGUACCAACGCAACCCCUACAAAUAUUCCUCCACAGGAUUCUCACCGGUGGAGUCAGUACCAGCAAUUGUGGCGACAACAUGUUUAUAUUAAUGGCAACAGUAAACCUUCACACCACAACGGCCAUGGACAUUCGACGAUCAAAGAACUGGCCGGCGCGAUUUUGGGCGACGACAAAAAAGAAGACGGCGAACUGUGGAACACCGUGGAAGCUCAGACCGCCUUCCUAGGACCGAAUCUAUGGGACAAGUCUUACGAAACUGACCUUAAAUAUGUCGACCUCGAUGAAUUCCUGUCAGAAAAUGGUGUGUCCAUGGACGGAUUGGGGUCUCAUGGAGCCUUAGGUCCACUAUCGGGUGCCCAUCCGCCUAAAAGGGAACGAUCUCCUAGUCCGAGCGAUUGUAUGAGUCCGGACACCAAUAAUCCACCAUCGCCGUCUGAUUCCAAUGAGGACCUCAAACCACAGCCGAUUAUCAAAAAAUCCAGGAAACAAUUCGUUCCAGAAGACCUGAAAGACGACAAAUAUUGGGCGCGGCGCAAAAAAAACAAUCUGGCAGCCAAACGUUCGAGAGAUGCCAGACGAAUGAAGGAGAAUCAAAUAGCUCUGAGGGCUGGAUACCUCGAAAAAGAGAAUAUUGGACUUCGUCAAGAGUUGGAACGACUGAAAAAAGAAAAUCUCGUGCUUCAAAACAAAUUGGCUAAAUACGAGGACGUUUAAAAAAACAGGAGGACAACGAUGGAGCCUCUUUUUUUUUGUAGCAAAACCGAUUUAGAUUCAUUAUUUUGUGCCUGAAAACUUGGACUUUUGUGCACUUAUGAUUACCAGUGAAUGGGACUUUUUUGUUCCUUUUUACAUCCAACCAAAACAUUUGUAAAUAAAACAUUACACAUUAUUGUAGUAGUCAUCUAGUAGUGUAGGAUUAAUUUUUUUUUUUUUUGAACUCAGUUUUUGAUUUAAUGGCAGGAAAUAUUUGGGCAGUUUUUUUUUUUGCGUAGAGUGAAUGGUUUAUUUUUUCUGUUUAUUAUAUACAAGGUAGCUCAGAGUAAAUUUGCCCGUUGCUCGUUCGACUACUGCUCCAUGUUUACAGGGGCAUUUAAAAAUGGAAAAUUUACUCUGAUUUAUUGAAAUAAUAUAGAAGCAUUUUUUAUUUUUUUGGUUUUAUAACGUUCUAUAUUAGAACUAAAACCUAUAUAUUGUUCAUUAUAUUUACUUCCCAAAUAUUUGCUGCCAAUAUUAAUAUACGAGGGCAGCUGUUUAAUUUUGUAGAAUAAAUUGUUAUUUGUUUUUAUGUUUAUAAAUAUAGUUUAUUUUUUUCUUCGAUUUCAAACUUAGACUUUACUUAAGCCAGAGACGGACGUCUAAACAUCUACAAAUUUUUUUCACGUAGUAAUUUCGUAUUUACCUAGUAGAAAAUGCUCACAAAGUUUUACAGGAUCGUUAAAUUACGUAGUUUAUUAAAUAAAAACGGCACUAACUUGUUGGUGAUUAUUUAGUUUGUAGUUAAAUUAUUUCAGUUUUUUUUUCUAUGUAAUUCUCUAUUUUGAUUGGGGUGGAUUCAUUUUUUUUGCGUGGGCAUUAGAAGGUAUGUUCAUAAAAUGUACACACAUAAAACUAAUUUCCUGUCUAAAAUUGAAAUUAUAUCUCAUUACCCAAAGAUUCAGUUAAAAUACCAGCUAAAUUUGGUUCAGAUGAGGAGCGAGGGGGUGAAGCAUAACAGGUGUGACGUCAGGUGACCAUUAGCGUUCUAACGUAAGGAGCCACCAGCUCACAUUCCUUUGAAGUAUUAGAUUAAAAUCGACGUACUGUACUCAAUUACAAUUUCAUUGUUCAAAAUCAGAUCUCUUAAAUAAUGAUUCUUGAUGUCAAUGUUGGCCCUUUUCGAGUUUUCAUUGCUUCUAGACAUUUAGGAUUGCGCUUUUAUCAUCACAAAACAGUUUGCUUCUUUGUUUUUCUAUCGUUCCUAUCUGUCGCCCAAUCAGUAUUUAAAUAUCCUUUGAGCAUUAUCUGAUAAUCUGUAUUUCUAUAAUAAGUCAAUCGCAUUUUUUUAGUUCCUUGUUCUUUGCAAAUAUCUUAGAAUUCUUUUUCCAGUCAUCCAGUCAGUUUCUGAUGAUGGGCAAUCUAAAAGUCUGCUUAAAUAUGACAUUUCAUAAUUAAUCUCAGGUCUACCAGUUGUUGCUACAUACAUUAGUCUUCUAAUUUCAUUGGUUUUGUUGUAUUGGAAACUUUUAUCUAUUGGGGUUUUCUUUGGCUCACAGUCCUUCAUAUUGAAAUAAUUCAAAAGCUUUUCCAUAAAUCUUUCCUGAUCAAAUUCACAUCCUUCGUCCUAGUUAGGAUUUUCAUUCCCAUUAUUCCAGACUUUUGACGACUUUUUCAUUCCGUAUAACACUCUAUUACUCUUUACGGAUUUAUGGAAAUAGGUACAUUAGGACUAAACACUAACUAUCAAUAUCAUAAUCAGUAAACCUAGAAGAUUUCUUAAUACUACGAUUAGACCUUGUAUAUAUCUGAUUCUCGCCUGGUGAGCCACUACACAUACAGGGUUCUGUAACAAUACCAUCAUUAUCAGUUCCAAAAUUGAAAGAUUCAUGUUAAGAUAAUGUAUUCUGCUCUAGAUCAGAAUCACCGCGAUUACUUUUUCUACUUGAAUCUUGAUAAAUCAUGACUAUUUCGCUUUAAAACAUUAGAAACAUUAUUAUUAAUCAAGUAACCUUGGAGCUUCAUGCUUGGAUAGUAUAGUUGCAGGACGCCACUAAUUUUGAUCCCUAUACACAACAGUUUCAGGAUCUUCAAACUUUCAUCUCUCCUUAGCAUGUUUAUCAUAAUAUACUUUUUAUAUAAUUUAUUUCUGUUUCCUAAUUCAUUCCUGAAUUGUCUAAUUUUAAAACUGGGUUCCUCAAGCCAAGGUAACUUAUUUUUUAAUUUCCUAGAAAACAAGAGUUCAGCAGGAGGUCUUUUAGAAUUUGUUAUAGGCGUGUUAAGAUACUCCAUCAAAGCAACCCACAAAUCAUCUAAUUUCCGAAUAAUAUUUUUAGCUGUUUACACAAAUCUUCCAACAAGUCCAUUCGAUCGCGGAUAUCUAGGGCUACUUAUCUGAAAUUUAAAGUCAAACUCAUUGGCAAAACAUUCAGAUUCAUAUGAAUUAAAUGGCAUAUUUUCUGACACUAUAACAUCAGGUAUUCCAUACAUAUACAGGGUGAUUUCAAAAAUGACGCAUAACCUCUCCAUUACGUCGUAGAAGACCCUUCAGGGAACCCCAGAAAAAUAGUGAAAAAAAACCUCCUCGACCAAUCUUGGCGAUAUGAAGAACUAAAGUUGAAAAGUCAACUUCUUUAUUCCCGAUUUUUUUUUAUACUGUGAUAUUUCCUAUAAAGUUCCAGGUGUCAUUGAUUUAUGACAAAAAAAUCACAUUAGUUGAAUUCUAUCUUCUAGAAUGAAUUUUGCAAACUGUAAAAUCUCUAUCUCUAAAUCCAAGAAAUGAAUCUAACAACGUUACCUGCUAAGAUAAUAAUUAGGUAGGUAGUACCUGUUAAGUUAAUAAAAUUAGGACGGCACAAGGUUCAUUAUUAGAAAAGAGGUAUAAUCCAAUAUAAGUGGAAGUAUCUAAGAUGUUGCUAAUUUUUCUACUCCGUGUUCUAAUAACUUUAUACUAUUUUAACUAUUUUUCUGGGGUUACUUGAAGGAUCCCCCACGACUUAGUGCUGAAUAUGUCUUAUUAAAACGUCUUUUUUUCAUUGUCCGACACCUAAUUUCCAUCCUCUUCUAUCGUCGCAAUCCUCUGAUGAGAGAUUUCUUUCACUCAUGGAUUUUUUUAUGGUCUUCUGCCAUCAUUCCACUUUUGAUCUUCUUCGUUUUCUUCUUCUUCUUUGUUAUUUCAGGGUAUAUCUGUUCUGGGCCGCUAGCUUUACCUGACUUAAGAUUCUUAAUAGCCUUUUUUAGUGUUUCUUUAGAUAUCUCAACUACUUCUCCAUGUACUUCAAUAUGUCUUGGAGAAUUUAAUAUGUAUUACUGUCUACUUUCUUGUAAUAGACUCUUGUAAUGUUCUAUUCAUUGCUCUGGUUUAAUAAUCUGGAUUUCAGCUCUGUCCUUUCCUGGGUUUUUGAGAUUUGAUAUAAAUCUCCAUACUUCUGAGCAUUUCCUUUCUCCUAUGUUAAAGUUGUUUAAUUUCUUCACAUUUCUUAUCUCAAGACUCGUUCCUAUAGCUAUACCUAGUGAUGAACAUUAUUAGUUGUCUUUUUGUAUUUAUUUUUUGUUAUUAGCCAUUUCAGAUACUUUUGCUUCUUCUCGUGGACUAAUAGCUCUAUCUCCUUGUUAGUAUCUUUUUCCUUUGCUUCUUGGGUGGCUUCUAUUAGACUCCUUAUAAUGUUCUCAUAGAGUUUAUUGAAGGUACAUUCUUCAGGGUUCAAUACUUUGCUAUCGAGUCGCCUCUGAUAAAGAAAUACAGUGCUGUCAUAUCUAAAACUGUCAAAAUUGUAAUUUGUUGUAUCCACUGUGUCCAUUAGUAUGGCAUAAUGGUGUUUUGUUUUCUUCGUUUUCCUAAACUUUAACUUUAUUUUUGAUCUUACUGAAAAAUGAUCUGACUCGCAGGACUCUUACGUUGUUCAUCUCUAUGUUUGUUUCUUGUUUGCUUUUCACAUAGUCAAUAAUAGUUUCCAAGUUACGGGUAUUCUGUAUCCAUGUGUAGCGGUGUAUAUCUUUGUGUUUAAAAAAUCCAAUAUGCUAAGAUUGUGUGUUUCAUAGAGAUGUAUGAGUCUUUGGCCAAUAUCAUUGAGUACCUAUUUCUUCUCCAAAUGGUCCAAAAACUGGGCUAUUGUUCGUCCUUUCCGUUCUUCCAUUGAAAUCCCCUAUCAUUAGGAUUUCUCUAUUUCUUCCAAUAUCUACUAGGAUUUCAUCCAGUUUGUCAAAGAACUCCUGCUUAAUGCCGACACUUUCUUCCCAAUUACUAAAUAUGAUUUUCCUCCAUAGUCCAUGUCACAACCUAUCUUUUGAAAAGGUAAUUCAGGAAUAUCAUGUCAUAUGAGUGUCUUUUACCACAUUACCACACAUUUAAUUUUCAACUGAAUGUACCAUUUCUUCCAUAUUCCGCCAUUUCACUAUUCACGUUUCUGGAUAAAUACUCUGCAAUACAUAAAUAUCACCCAGGCUGAUAACAAACUUGUAUAUCAUGUCUUAACAGUUUUAACUUCAAUCUUUGUAAUCGGGGCGAGUUUAUUGAGCAUAUAGGAUAUCUGCUUGUUCAUAAUACUUAGGUAUAUUCGGUUUGUGAUCAGUACUGGUUUACCAUCUUGCAUUAGGCAACAUAUCCAAAUUCAUGUUGUGAUGCAUCUGUUUGUAUAACAUUUAAUGUAAUAUUUUCAUUUAAUACAAGUUUGAUAUCUUCAAGAGCUUUAUUUUGUACGUCUAACCACUGAAAAACAAUUUCUUUGCUAAGUAGCUGACAAAGUGGAUUUACAAUUUCCCCCAAAUUGAGAAUACAGUUUCUCACAUAAUUUACGAAGCCAAGCAGUUUCUGCAAUUCUUUCUUAUUGGAUGGUGCUUUAAGAUCAUUGAUGGCCUUGAUUUUAUCAAUAUUUACUUUCAUACCCUCACUAUCAAAAAUAUGCCCCAUGUACACUUUCUCAGUUGUAACUUAUUUUUGUUGAAUCUCACACCCUUCUAUCUUGCCUCUGUAACACGAUUCUCAAUGUCUUAUCAUGUUCCUCCACAAGCUACCAAUAAAUCACCAAAAUAUGAUUACAUUUUCGAAAUACCCAAAAUGUUUACAAUUCAUUCUUUGAAAAUAUUCAGGUGCCAAAUUUAAACCAAACGGUAGUCUCAAAAGCUUGUAACAACCAAAGGAAAUAGAAAAUGAUGUUAAAACACUAGGCUUCUUAACAAGCUUUACUUGAUAAAAACCAUCUUUGAAAUCAAGCACAGAAAAAUAUUUUUUUCCUGACAACUUAGCACUAAUAUCUUCCAAGCUUGGAAUUUCAAAGUAUUGUCUUGUUUAAAUUCUGUGGAUCCAAACAUAGUCUUAAGGAUUUAUCUGGUUUUUCAAUUAUACCCAGAUUAUUAACCCACUCAUCAGCAUUAUCUAAUUUCUUUAUAAUUUCCUGAUGCUCUAAUUCAUCUAAUUUUUGUUUUAAUCUACCUUCAAUAGCUUAAACAACCCGACGACCAGGUCUAGCCACUGGUAUACUGUUUUCUUUUAGUUUAGUUUUACAAGUAUCUGAAAAAUUGGGUUUAACAUUCAAAUCAACAAUCAAAAAUUCUAACUCACAUACUUUACCAAACCCUAAACACUUCAAGUUGAUUUUUCUAACUAGUGCUCUACCAUAGAUUUCCAGCAUUGUACUACACUUCACUAGCAUAAUAUGACAGUUAUUGUCUCUGCAAAAUGUCUUCGGCAGGUAUUUUUCUAGGUAAAAUAUUCACUUCGCAACCAGUAUCUAUUUCGAAAUCUAUGUCUGUGUUAUGGACUUUUAAUUUUUCCAUCCAUACUGAGUUUCAUCUAUCUUUAACUUUUUCAAAGAAUGCAGUCUUAUCUCUCUCUAAACCCGAACUGUUAUUUGUCCUAAUAACCUCUUUUAUUUUUUCGAGAAUUUUUGUUGCUGAUGUACAACGUCCCUUAUUAGGCAUGCAUUACUAAAAUGAGUCUCUUUUCCACACUUGUAACAUGUUUUUCCAAAUGCUAGAGGAAAUUUCCUUGAUUUUUCAUCUUGUUUCUUUGAUUUCACUGCAUCUACUCCAGAAACAUCAGCGUCCAUAUUUAUAUUUCGCACUGAUUUUAGCUGAUUAACUCAGUAUUUCUGCACAUUGCCACGGCUUGAUCCAUUGUUAAACCUUGAAUACUUAAAAGUUUUUCCUGAAUAAUUGGGUCAUUUACCACAAGUACCAUUCUACUUAUUGAAAUACUGUCUUCCUGAGUGUCUAUACUCACAAGUUGGAAUUAUUUUUUUUAGUUCACUAAUAAAGAAGUGAUCAAACGGCUCUUCUGACCCCUGAUUUCGGUUAUUAAAUACAAAUUUCUCAUACGUUUUGUUUCUCCUAGAAGCACAGUAUUUCCUAAAUUUUGCAAUCACAUUAUGUCAUAUUUGUCAUUUUCAUUAGUUUUCAAUAUAUGUUUUAUAGAUCUUAACCCCCUCAUCAGGACCUAUCAAAUUUAAGAAAAUCCUAACCGUAUCUGAUUUUGUGUCUUUCUCUGGUAAUCUUUUUUUCCAUUUUGUCUUUAUCACUAAACUGCAAAACUGAUACUUUUUUCUGUAACCGAAAGAUUCCCAUUAUUCAAUGUUCUUUCUACGACUGUAUUAUUAUAGAUAUUUUCUAAACAAAGCAAACUUCAAAUUUCAUUGGUUGAAAAUAGUUAGAAGACUGGUUGUUGACGAUUUGCCCCAAUCAAAAACGCUCUGACUGAUUUGUAAUUUCUGUGAGAACAAACCUAAUCUCCAUCUUAUUCUUCUACUUCUUCAACCCUAGUCUCGAGUUCAGUUAUUGGCUCAGUUAAACUUGUUAGGAUAUCAAAUUGUCUAGGACUGUUGCCCAAAACUUAGCCGUAAAGGCAAAUACACAACUGACCGGUACGCUAUAUCGUUUAAAAUGUAUGAUAUGCGAUUUCUGGGUUAGAAUGAGAUGAUAUUCCCAGCGAUUCGGUAGGUACCACAUGAUUCUCAGCGAUUGCCAAUGGAUUCCUAUGUGAUUGCCAUGCAUUCCUGGUUGAUUACUAUGUGAUUCCUAAAAAAAAUUACAUUUCCACUAAUGGUUUACCCCUCGGGAAAAUAUUUACUUAUAGACUUCAAAAUUAGGCGUGAUUAUGAAACCUGCUAUUUCAGAGUGUAUCAGCUGACCAACCUUUGUACUAAUAUUACAUGAAUGGUUUACGAGUACUUUUGCCCUCCAUACAACCAUAACAAAUCUUUGAACUAUAAGGUAACCGUAACUGGUUUGGACUAUGCCUAUUUACAUGGCCUAACGUAUGCCAUAAAUUUCCAUCAAAAUCCUUAUCUAUUAAAGUUAUUUCAUGAUUUUGAUCUGUGUAUAAUACCUUCAAACAAUGAGAGGUUCUAUCUUGACUUCUUUUCUUUGACCUUUCAAUAUGUCUUCCCUGUUUGCAAGCAACAUGGUGUCAAUUUCUCUAAUAUUGAUAUUUUUCCAUCACCAUAAUAUGUUGUGUGCAUUCAGAGUCCAAAAUAAAUGAUGGAAUAUCUAAAGUUGAUGCCUAUAUGCUGUUCAGAGCAAUGAAUGCUAUUCCAUCUACUUCAUUCACCUGUGUUUGUCUACUAUUUUGUCUUGGCCCAUGGGUAUUCAUAACUUUGACUAUUUUCAUGAGACUAGAAUUUGAACCUCCUUGAAAAAGUGUAUCCUCUACUUCUCUUGUAUUGUUCUGACGACAUUCUAAUAUUUUAUAACACUUUUUUCAUUGGCAUGGAAUGUCAUUUCACUAGGUUUCAAUGGUUUACUUUUAAGUUUCAUCUCCUCAUCUAUUAUAACCUUGAUUUCACAAAAUCCAUUUUGAUGCUUAUUCAUAUUUUCCAUGGCCAGUAAGACUGAUUCAUAUUCUUCAUUCAAAAACAACAAUAAAUAGCAAACUUUGUCUUCUUCAUCCAGUUUGGAACCUGCAUCUUCCAAAUCUCUUAUCAGAGUGCCGAAUAUUAAAAAGUGAUCUUCCAAUUUUCUAUCUCUGUUGAUCUUUAAAGUAAGUAAGUUACGCUUCAAAGUGCUUUCAUCAUUUCUUUUGCCGUCUUUGCAUCCUUAACCAUGUCUUAAUGUUUACCAGUUAAACACUGGACUAUUUUGCUCUUUCCUUUUGCAUCAUUAACUUUGAACUCUGACUUCUCCUUCUCGGUACUAAAGUCAGCCUCGGUUUUUACCAAUACUUGUGCUAUUUGCCUCUCUUCUAGUACCUAAUGUGAUUAUUCUAAAUCUCUAAUUAUUGUUGAAAUUUGUUGCACUGGUCUUCAUAUUUUCUUUGCUGUAUUAUUUUAUAUCUUAUCCAUAUUUAGUUGUAUUUACUUUCAGUAAACUUCUUCUUUGUUAGCAACUUUCCUAGAAUUUUCAACUGUUGUUUUUCAGCUCAUCUACUUUUCUCAUACCUUCUUCCAGUUAUCAAUUUGUGGACUCACUAAUAGAAGAACAGAAUUCAAUAUUGUCAUUUAAAGUUGAGAAAUUGCUGUGGUUGUUAUUUAUUGAAAGAAGGUUAUUUAAGACCAAAACGUGGAAAACAAAUAUGCAGCAUACCUUCUAUAAUGUACUCUUGCCUAAAACUACCCCAAUAAUAACUACUUAUACAGAGUGUCCCAUCCCAUGUCCCAUGCAUAUAUAAACUCUGGAACAAAAACACCACAAUACAUUAUAUGGGACACUCUUUAUAUACUUACCUACUUAUUUAAAAGUUUAUAUACUUAUAUAAUUUUUUUUCUUCUAGAAAACAAAGGCUGAUGUUUUUUGAUAUUAAAAAAAAAGUUGUUGCGCGUUAUUACCACAAAAGAUUAUAAGAUGAAGUGUGCACAAAAAAAAAAAAAUAUUUUAUCAACCAAUACACACACGUUGUAGAUAAAUAUAAAUUUGUUACAUUCGGAGUACUUACGAGGCACUUUUUAAACAAAAAAUGCUACACUGCCAAAGCAUUUUAAGUACUCAGAAAAAAUAAAAACCUAUUAUUGUUGAUGUUGAGCUUUUUGAAUAAAAGUACAAUAGAUUUUAAGGCUUAAGUAUAUGGAUAGAUAUAAUUUGUCACUGAGAGUAAGUGAUAAAAAGAAAACACGAGUUACCAAUUAAAUGUGUACAUUUUUAUAUACAGUUGCCUUAAAAGGGCUGGCCUUAAUAAAAUUUACCGACUUUUUUUAUAUUUGUCUUGUUGUUGAAGGCAACUUUUCUAAAGCAUAUAUUUAUUUGUUAUAAUAAUAAAUAGAUGCUCUAUAAUUAGUUCCUCUAAUGUUGUUAGAAAUUAUUAAUACAUGGGUAAAUUUUAUUUUAUAUUGGGAGAGUUGUAUAAAAAGAAUUAUUGCUUGUUGAAACAAGAAAUAAAAUAUGGUCUCAAGAACUAAUACUUAAAAGGAAGGAGAGCUUCUCUAUAUAAGAGCUGUAAAACGCUGUCGUAGAAGAGAUAUUUUGUAGUAUUU